AUGGCCGAGCUGCCUAGAUCCGAGCAGCGCCCCCAAAAACCGGUGCGCUGGCCUCGCCGCGCCUUAGCAUUUGUCUUAGCAUUUGUUAGCGAGAACAGCGAGACUUUUGCUAGUCACAGCCGCACCAGCGGCUUCAGAUCGCUGACAGAGCAGCUGAAUGCGAUAGUUCGACCAGACAAGCCAUACGAGGCCAGUCACGUUCGAUCCAAGUUCGAGAGCAUCUGGAGGAAUUCCGGGCAUAAUGCAGACGGAACGGUCGAGCCACUCUACCAGUUCGGCGUGCACUGGGCGACCCUUCCGGGCCUUGAACAAAAGGAGAAUGUUACCUUCCAAGAUGUCCGGGAUGCCAUCGAAGACUUGAGACUGUAA